AUGGCUACGGAUGUAUUAGAUGAAAAUCGUUUUAAAAAUCAAUGUUCUCUAUAUGAAUCAACUCAUGUUCAAUUAACUAACGGUACUAUACAUCAUCAUCAUCAUCAUCCUCCAACAACAUCAACAGUAUUAAAUGCAUCAUCAAUAUCUACAACUACUCAUAAUCGACGUGUUAAAUAUCCAACACAAACAAAUUUAUCUUCAUCUCAUUCAUUAUCAAAUUCAAUUCAUAAUCGACAUUCGGGUUCGGCUGAUAUAUUCAAUUUUAUUCGUUCGUUUGCAAGGAAACCUUUUAAAACAUCAUCAAUGACAAAUGCUGUAGCUGGAGGUGAAACAAGCAAUGUUAUAGGUGGUAGUAAUAUACGUAAUAAAUCUUCUGUCAGUCUCCUAAGAUAUCGUCCAUUGAGUGACGUUUUGACCGAUCACACUUCUUAUACACAAUCUAAUCAUGCAGUUGAAGAAUUUCUUAAACAUAUGGAAUGGUCAGAAAAUUCAACAACAAAUGAAACACGUGUAAAAUGGAAUACAGCUAUGAAAUUUUUAAUUCCAACUAAAUUUGAUGUUAAUCGAGCAAUUGAUUUAUAUAAAACUCAUGAGAAUCUUCGUAAAACAGAAAAACUUGAUCGUAUUUGGAUAAAAAAUCCUUAUCUUAUUCGUGAAAUUGAAUCAAAUAAAUUUUUUUCAUUGUCACAAAUACCAAAUCAACCAUUAACAGUUAUAUUUACAGCAUCAAAUCUUAAUUAUUUAACUUUGAAUGAUUCACUUUCACAACAAGAUCAUGAAUUAAUUACAUUACAAGCAUUAGUUUGUCAACUUGAUGUUGCAACUGAAAGUAUUGAAGUUCAACAAAAUGGUUUAAAUUUUAUAUAUGAUAUGCAAAAUUAUUCAGCAUCACAAUUCAAUAUAAAUCUUAGUAAAAAAAUUGUUAAACUUCUACAAGGUGGUUAUCCCGCAAUGGUUAAAAAUAUAUUUACUAUAUCAGCUCCAAAAUGGUUUAGAGUAAUCUAUAAGGUACUCGCGAUUUUUUUAAGUCAAAAAUUGCGUGAUAGGGUAACAUUUUGUACAGUUGAUCAAAUACGUGAACGUUUAAUAACACAAUAUGGUUAUUCAUUAGAUAACAUUCCAAUAUCAUUAGGUGGUACCUAUGAUCCAAUGGUUAACAGUCGUAGUCGUUAUCAAAUAUGUUUAUCAAAAGUAAUAAAUAAUCAUUCAAUAUGUUAUCCUUAUUAUUCUCUUGAUUAUCAACCAAUGACAACAAAAUCAAUGAAUGAUAAUUUUGUUUUUAAUAAUAAUCAUCAUAAUCACGAUAAAUCGAGUUUUUCAUUAAAAACAACAACAACAACAACAACAACUUCGCCAUCAUCACUUAUUAGAUUUGUUUCUUCAAGACGUAAUAAUGAGUCAUUAACAGAAGUUCGUAUGCGAAAACGUGAAUCAUCCUUAUCAAAUGAUCAUGAUAAACGCCGACGAUCUAACGAAAGUCUUCUUAUUGAAGAAGAAUCACCUACGAUAAAUUCAUCAUCAUCAUUAUCACGAAAAGAAAACUAUGAUGAGUAA